AGUUAUCUGUUUGUUUCAGGUAUACUAUUGGCAUGUUCCGGAAAGGUUAUCGAAAAACCUUGGACGUAGAUGACCUAUACAACCCAAUAUCAAGUGAUAGGAGUACAGUAUUAGGAGAUAGACUAGAAAGAAAAUGGAUAAAGCACUUAGAACGCUCAACAAAGCUCGGCAAGAACCCGAGUCUCCUGAAAGUGCUGGUUGCCACGUUCUGGCCAGAGUACUUAUACUUAGGUGUUAUUUCCGUAAUUCUGGACUUGGGCAUUCGGUUAGCGCAGCCUAUCAUGCUGGGCAACCUCCUGGAGUACUUCAGGCCAGGCACCGAAAUUACCAGGGAUGAAGCAUUCAUGUAUGCAGGGGGCUUGGUAGCCCUGAUUGGUGUCAGCGCUAUACUGAUCAAUCAGUACAUCAUGUGUGCUUUCCACUAUGGGAUGAAAGUCAGAGCUGCUUGCUGCGCUCUGAUAUACAGAAAAUCCCUUCGACUGAGUAAAACUGCCUUAGGUGAAACCGCUUCAGGAAAAAUAGUGAAUCUGCUAUCGAAUGACGUUAGUCGAUUCGAUAUUGUAUCUAUAUUUAUCCACCAAAUGUGGAUAGCCCCAGCAUCUGCAAUAAUCGUCAUGUAUUUCCUGUACAAAGAAGCUCAACUGGCUGGAAUCGUCGGUGUGGUCGUUGUGUUUCUAGUAACACCUUUACAAUGUAAGUAAACGUUAUUUUCUACUAACUACAUUCACAGCCUUAAUUAGGACUUAGAAAUUCAAAUCAUAACUGGAUAUGAAGACUAAAAUUCGCAUCGACUAAAUUAGUACUUACUACUAGUAAUUUUCAUUUGUCUAACAAUGGUAUUACCAUGAUAAUAUAAGGUAUUUUACUGAUACAAUAAAACAACAUUAA